UACGAGCCACGCUUGCAUGGUUUGGCCGCUAAGAACGCUCCCCCAGUCACAAAACACAAAACACAAACAGAGCAAAUACUAGUUUAUGCCAAUUCUCAUCACAUCACAUCACAUCACAUUACCCCAUUCAUAUUCGCACCAUGCAAUCCUCUCGCACCGCUCUAAACGACGACGAACCGGCCGGUUCAUCAACGAACCACAUCACCCCCGUCUUGCGCUCUCUCUCAACCUGCAACCGACCCGGUCGAACCUCCUCAUCAAACCGCGCGGUUCAACGAUCCGCCUCUGCCAGGUUGGCUCGUCAAAAUACCACACGUGAGGUCAUGCUUAAUGACCUCGUCGGUAACGGAAUCUCCGGUAUAUUAUAUAAAUGGGUUAAUUACGGCAGAGGGUGGCGUCCUCGUUGGUUCAGCCUCCAUGACGGUGUUCUCUCUUAUUACAAAAUUCACGGUCCUGAUAAACUCAUUCUUAAUCGUGAACUUGAAACAAGAUCCAAAGUUAUUGGUGAUGAAUCCCUCCGCCGUAUCGCUACCAACCGUCAUUGUCCUUCCCGCCACCGCAAACCUGUCGGUGAAAUCCACCUCAUGGUGUGUUCGGUGCGUGAGAACAAAUCAGAUGAGAGGAGGUUUGGUAUAUGCACAGGAACAAAGAAGAGGAUACAUUUAAGAGCAGAGAGUAAAGAGGACAGAACAAAGUGGAUGGAUGCAAUGAAAGCAGUUAAGGAUAUGUAUCCACGAUUACCCUCCACUACUGAAAUCAUGUCUCCCUCACUUUCAGUGAUAACUUCCACUGACAAGUUGAGGCAGAGACUUUUACAAGAAGGUCUGAAUGAGGUUGCUAUUCGUGAAUGUGAGGAUAUCAUCAGAGCUGAACUAUUUCAAUUGCACACUUACAUUGUAGCUCUCAAGCAGAAACAAGUGCUACUCGUGGACACACUUCGUAAUUUAGAGACAGAGAAGGUUGACUUGGAGAACACGCUUGUUGAAGACCAGAGACAGUCUAAGGAUGAAGGGGAUCCUUAUCUAUCAACACAUGAAAAGUAUAGUGAUGGAAGUGGAAGUGAAUAUUCAGAUGAGCAUGAUAGGAAUGAUAAUUUUGAAGAUGAGCACGAUGCAUUCUUUGAUACAUACGAAAUUCUCUCAACAAGUUCAAUGAGAAGUAAUGGCUCAUCUGAUUAUUUGAGAUCCAACCAUGAUUCUGAAUGUGAGGACACAUCGUCCAGUCCAACAAGAAAAUGUGAUUCAAAUUCACCAAUUGGACUUAACUAUCCUCAUAUCAAUAGAAGAAAAAAAUUGCCUGAUCCAAUUGAGAAAGAAACUGGAGUUAGUCUAUGGUCAAUGAUAAAAGACAACAUCGGAAAAGAUCUUACAAAAGUUUGUCUUCCGGUUUAUUUUAAUGAGCCCAUCUCCUCAUUACAGAAAUGUUUUGAAGAUUUGGAGUACUCUCACCUCUUAGAUCAAGCCAGUAAAGCGGACAGUCUAAUGAGGGUACUAUAUGUGGCUGCAUUUGCAGUUUCAGGGUAUGCUAAUACUAGUGGUAGAAGUUGCAAACCAUUUAAUCCAUUAUUGGGUGAAACAUAUGAGGCAGAUUAUCCAGAUAAAGGCAUACGCUUUAUCUCUGAGAAGGUCAGUCAUCACCCUAUGGUUGUAGCAUGUCAUUGUGAGGGUCGUGGGUGGAAAUUUUGGGGUGAUAGCAUUUUAAAAAGUAAAUUUUGGGGGCGUUCAAUUCAGCUUGAUCCUAUUGGUUUAUUGACUGUGGAAUUUGAUGAUGGAGAAGUCUUCUAUUGGAGCAAGGUAACAACAUCCAUUUACAACCUAAUUUUAGGAAAACUCUACUGUGACCAUUAUGGUACAAUGAAGGUAGAGGGGAAUCGUGAGUAUUCAUGUAAGAUCAAAUUCAAGGAGCAAUCAAUCAUUGAUAAAAAUCCUCAUCAGGUUCACGGCAUAGUGGUUGAUAAGAACGGAAAAACAGUGGCUACUCUAUUUGGGAAGUGGGAUGAGAGCUUGCAUUAUGUAAUUGGAGCACAUUCUGGGAAAGGAAAAGGGUCCAAUGCAUCAUUUAAAUCACAUAUGUUAUGGAAGCGAAACCAAAUACCAGAGCAACAAACUAGAUAUAAUCUUACAGAGUUUGCUAUUACACUUAAUGAAAUUACAACUGGUCUUAAGGAGAAGUUACCACCAACAGAUUCAAGGCUAAGGCCUGAUCAAAGAUGUUUAGAGAAUGGGGAAUAUGAAAUGGCCAAUUCUGAGAAAUUACGGUUGGAACAAAGACAACGGCAGGCACGAAAUAUGCAAGAGAAAGGUUGGAAACCGAGGUGGUUUGCAAAGGAAAAAGACAGUAAUAGUUACCGUUAUGUUGGUGGAUAUUGGGAGACUAGAGAAAAGGGGAAUUGGAAUUCUUGUCCUGACAUUUUUGGCCAAUUCUCAAGUGAUGAUAAUCAUGAAUUCAACCCAACUUCAUAAAUUCUCAACUAUUGAUCGUAUAUUCAUAAUAACCAUAUUUAUUAUCGAUACUUAUUUGAGCAUUUAAGAAAAUGGUUUAUUAAGGCCUGAUGUGCAUAGGUGCAUGUAGAGAAUGCAAUGAUUGUUCUUAACAGAGUACUUUUUCGCGUUAUGAGAUGUUUAGUUCUUAGUGGAGUUCCAGAUGUAGUUGAAUUUGUAAUAACAUAUAUAUGUUCAA